UUGUGAGAGCAUUUCAUGAUGGCCCUAGGACCAGCUGCAUUGAUAUCUCGGCGGACAACACGUUUCUAGCGGGUGCGUCAAACGAUGGGAUACGGAUAUGGAGCUUGGACACAGGCGAACUCGUGGCAGGUCCAUUCGGAUUUAGUGAUAAAUUCGCGGGCGCACUCGGACUCUCGCAAGACUCUCGGAAGCUGGCGGUGAUAUCAUCGAAUUGGGAGUCCAAUGGCAAAUUGAAGCAAUACCUUCAGGUGUAAGACGUCCAAUCACAGAAAUUGAUUGUCAUUAGAGAAAGAUAUACCACUGGAAGCUUGUUACGUUCGGUAUUUUGGACAACAAAAGGCAAAUUCAUCACAUGCUUAUUCAGCUUGGAUGACGGCAUGACAAUCAUUCAUGAGUUUGACGCAUCGACGCUCAAGACUGUCGGAGAUUCCUUCCAAGGACACACUGGCCAGAUCCUGAGCCUUGCACUCUCAUUUGAUUGUCUUCUUCUCGCCAGUGCUUCCUCCGACAACACCAUCAAGCUCUGGUCCUUCGAGUCCCGCCAACUCCUCGCCUCAUUCGAUGUCCAAGCUCCCCUUACCCUUAUACUCUCACCUGACUCACACCAACUGGCUUACACGACCUUGUAUGAGGCCAGCAUCUACAUAUGCGAUAUUCCAGCCAAUAUUCUUGCUUGUAUUGGUCUUGCAAAAGAGACAAGCGCUCACCUCACUAAACUGCUUGACUCUGACGCGACACGUCAUCCUGUGCGCCGUAAACCAGCAAUAUCAGUCAUACCUUCCGUCCCCCGCCUGCUAGCAGUUACAAUUGAACCCCGGCGACCCGUUAUCAUUGUAUUUUUACGCAAACUCCUCCCUUCUCGUACGGAUAUGGCUCGUCCUGUUCACGCCAAUGAACCCCGCAAUCCCCUGGACUUCCCUGCUACAGCGCCCUUGCCUCGUCCAAUUGUAAAUCCCCAUGAUAAUGUGAGUAGGGACCGCCAUCAUCAUAUAUUCGACUGACAUUUUUUUUGGUUUCGGCCACCGACCACCCAAUCCUUUGCU